AUGGCAUGCAUGGAACUAUAUGAUCUCUUUCGAGAAGCUGCCAGGUAUGAGCUCGAUCGUUUGGCAAGUCUCUGUCACAGGCAAAUCCGCAUCAAGCUGAGCUCAGAAUCGGUGCUCUUGAUUCUGCGUGACUGCUACGACUCGAUGCCCUGUUCUGCUAGUGUGAGGAGUCUCAUCGAAACUUGCAAGUAUUUCUUCCUUAAUAAUUACGCUGAGUGUGCUGCCCUAGAGAGCUGUGAGACAUUGGACCCCCGACUACUGUGUGAACUCAUGCGUUGCAUGACUGUGACGUCCCAAGGCCCCUCGCUGGGCACCGCCACUACGGGCGCCCGGUUGAACUCCCCUUCACGAGGGUUCUCGACUGCGUCGAUGGAUGGCAUUCGUGUAGCCCCCAGUCCGGGCGGAGACGGUUCGGCGGCAUUCGCGUAUCAGCGUAGAUGCCCGUUGUCUCCUAUAGUGGUAGAAGCUUCAACUAUGCAAUACGACAUGCAGAAACUACUGCAUGGUGAUGAUAAUGAUGGAGACUUCGAUGUGGUCGUCCAGGGAGAGGAGUUUAGGUGCCAUCGGUUUGUGCUAGCAGCUCGGUGCCAGUACUUCGCUAUGCUGAUGCAAUCUGGCAUGACUGAGUCCCAGGAGAACCGCUUGGUCUUGCCCGAUGAGGCCACCUCUAUGACAGCAACGGGUUUCAAUACUUUCUUAGAGUACGUUUACACCGGUACGACCAACAUGGUCCCCCAAACGGCGAUGUACCUGGUAGAUGCCUCGGACUUCUACCAGCUGAGCAACUCCCGAUUGCGGUAUUUCUGUGAAAUAGCUUUGAGGCAGUCAUUCAAUGAGAGGGACGUACUGGAUGUAUUCGAGGCCUCGGCAGCCCUGAAUGUCGGACCUGUACGUCGAAUGGCACUGGACUUCAUCGCUGAGCAUUUUACCGCAGUUGGCCGGCAGGAGAAGCUCGCUUCUUUGGACAAGUCAUUACUGGUGGAGAUCCUGCGCUACUUAGCCGACCAUCACACAAUCAACAACGCUGGUAUGUCGGGGAGAAGGACCCCCGUUGCAUCUCAAGAUGUGGAGCCCGUGAUGCAAAGUCUCGGCUGACAACAUUAUCUCGC